AUGGCUUCCAGCAGAACUUCAUAUGCAUCCACCAAGGAGACAACAAAUUUUGCUCGUCUGUGUCGUCUUCUUGUGGAUGUAGGAUCCCACGCAUUAAGAAACAAGUUCGAUAGUAUCCAUCCACCGGCAGGCCUACGUGGAGUUCUUACAAAGCCUCCUGCACAUCCAAUACUGCAGUCACUUGGAAGGAAGAGAAUUCUCAAUCCCACUCAAUGGGCCAAGCUGUAUCCCCCUUCACCUUCAUCCGUAUCUUCGAAAGAUUUUGAUGUCACACUACUCAUCUUGCUCUUAAGGAAUAUAUGUGGCUUGAUUCCUCCAACCACUGGUUGGGAUAAUCUCCCACGUUCUGCAGAUACGAGUGCUGAAGCCAACAUAGCUAGGGUUAAGUAUUAUAGGAACCAUGUCUAUGUAAAUGCCAGCCAGGCAUCUGUGGAUGAUGCAACAUUUAAUACCUAUUGGCAGGAUAUAAGUAAUGCAUUGGUAGGACUGGGUGCAGAUGCUGCCGCUAUCAAUACACUGAAAACUGAGAGUAUGGAUCCUGUCAUUGAGAAACACUACCUAGAAUUACUGAGGGAGUGGAAGAAAGAUGAUGAUAGCAGCAAAGACAGACUUGAUGAGAUUGAAGGUAACUUGAAAAGUCAGUAAUUAUUGUGGAUUGAAGAAAUAACAAUAAGCUUGUGACACUGUUAUGCAUAAAGUAGACUUACCAACUCUCACAAUUUUUAUCUUUUCUUUACGGCCUCUCACCGCUAAUCUCAUGGUUUUUGAGGAAAAAUCAUUAGGGAAGCAAAGCAACAAAAAGAUACUUUUAUCAGUUUGUGAUGAAACCUUGGUUGUUUUCUACUCUGCCUUGCGCAGGUUACAACCAUGCAGUUUCAGAGUAACUAUUCAGCUUAGACCUAAUAUAUAGAUUUAGCCAGGGCUAAAAGCGAAGCUCACGUUAAUAAAUUAAUAAUUUAAAUAAAACAGUAAACAUUAAUCAUUUAACUUUAAGGUACAUUCAUGCAACAUUUUAAGGGAAAGUGAUUCCUUAGAGAAGAAUAAUUUGACAGUCCAAGAGUGAAACAAAUUUUACAUCGAGUUAAUAGUCUAUUAUAUGUACACCGAAAAAUAGCAAUCUUCUUCGAUCACAGUAGAUUAGGCCUGGAAAACAAAUUCUUCCCAAACAAAAGAAGUUAAACCCAGUCACCCGCCUACACUGCCUUUAUUUGAUAAGGUUAAUUCAUAGUCUCUCCAGCCACUCCGCUGGAGCUACUAUAGAGAUAACUGGAUAUCCCCGAAACAUAAUUUUAUGCAACACAAGAGAGUCCUCGGUUGUAGCCAAUUUACACGUUGCAUUCUCUGUCUAAAGGAAAGGCCAAAAGAAAAAAAAAUCAGGCCGGUCUUUUUGUGUUUCGAAAAAGAUUUGUCAUGUUCGAGAGGUUUACUUUACAAGUAAAUCUUGGCGACAAAUCUGGUGGUGUGUAGACCAGCCUUUUAAAUAUACCUUUUAUCAGUGUUUUUAUACAUGUAUACGAUCUGAGGAAAACAGUGCUAUGCCUGUGUGCCUGUUUUUUAUCAUACAAACCUGGAACAAAAGUUUUUCUUCCCUGCCCUAUUUAAACCUAUAAUUCUGCCGUUUUUCACAAGUUUGCAAGACAAAUUGAGCUCAUUCAAUAUCGAGGACGAUCGAAGCACGCGCUCCUUUGAGCAAAAAAUUAUAGAAUUGACCACGUUAUAAAACGUUUUCAUCAAGAGAAUUUUCCAUAAUACCGGGACUGUUUAGUCGGAAAAAAUCUGCUCCUAUGUGAUAUGUAGAGUAAUAUACUAAUGGGCUUCUAGUGAGAACGAUCAAGAAAUUCCCAAAAUUACCUAUACGGCCAGCCGGACGGUUUCUCACUGUUGUCAAGCACCAAAUUUGCAGUCCGAGGCGUCGGAGCCGCUUUUACGAACAUUUAAGCUUCAACAUGAUAGAGAACUUAUUAUGUUUAGGUUUUAUUUCCCUUUAUUUAUGGUUUUGUUAUGUGAUAUUUACGAGCAGCAUUUUGAGUACUCCUGUGUGCGAUGUUUUGUUUUUCGUUCGACUGAAAACAACCUGCGCGCCGAUUAAAUUGAGAAAGAGACUACUAACCAUCAGUAAAAUAAAUAUAACUCGUUGAAACAUGUACAGAGACAACAACUUUCAUUCACGACGAUAAGUUUUGACAGUAAGUGUCUCUGAAAAUCAUGAGCAUAAGCUCAUAAACUUCAAAAACCUUGCAGAUUUAAGCCGGCUUCCCGGUGUUUACUUCAAGAUGAACCGCGAGGCAAGAAUAUCGCUCAGAGCUUUCUUUUUACAGCCAAAAGCAUAACUAAAAAAAUUGUAUUCUUCGCAACGUUUUCUUUGUAUUUGUGGUCAGAAAAUGUUGAAACUUUUUAAAAAUCUGUAAGGUUAUGUCAAACCUGAUGCUAUUGUAGAUCAUGGUCUUGUGCAUAAACUAGGCGCAGAAACUACGCUCGACUUUAGGAAACCAGAAAAAAAAAAUCUUCAAAUACAAUAAUAAAUCAGGCUUACCAGUCAAGAUGCUCCCGAAGGCCGUCAGAAUCGCAUGAGACUUUUUUGAACCCUCUUUAUAAUACGCAUCAAGCAAGGGGAAGUGAGUAAAAGUGAUCCAUCCGAAAUCGGAUUUCCGAUGACUUUGACAAGCGGCGCAUUUCUAAACCAAAAAACCAAUAAACAAACAAGCCAUGAAUUACUUAAGAAUCUUGCUAGCAUCUGUAUUUCAUUUUGUGCAUCCAGUGGAAAAAGACAGCUAAAAGCUUCACAACGUUUAUACACAAUACUCCGUCAGUUUCAGCUAUCAGUAAACAAGUUUCAAGAUGCUGCAUAAAUUUUCCGCAUGAACUCACCUGUCAAAUUUUGACCAAUCAGAGCAUAAAAAUUGGACGUAGAACGUGACCAACGCGUGACCAUGGUGAGAAAGGUCGAAAGCAACUUCCCUGUCUGUAAAAGCUGGCUGAAUUCUCGCGUCCGAGGCCAGUUUGAAAUUAAAAGUUUAAUAGUGCGACUCAUAAACACAACUUCCUAUUUCCUACGCGUUAAAAAAAUUGAACUUGAGCUUGCAAUCAUUGGAAAAGUAGUAACUUAUCAGCGGAUAACUUCAAAAAACCUCGAACUAAGUGAACCGAUACCUGAGCCCGCGACACGGUCAGGUGAUGAUGGUCAGCGGAUGCUGUAGUUUGAAAGCUGUCAAUUGGACUUCAUUAGAAUGGCGAAUUUUCAAAUAAACGCACUGUUGACCGCGAGUGUUAGUCUGGGUUGUAAUGGAGGAUUAAUGGGGCGAAAUGUCGUGUAUUUGAGCCCACGUUGUUAGUGAUCUGAUGGUGGUCUUCACAUGUCCGAUUUUGACAGCUGUCAGUUGACCUUAAUUUGGCUUGUGCGUAUAACUUUAAACCGACAGCCCUGGUGAAAGCGAAGUUUCCUUUCAUUUUCAUUUUUAUGUUGGUGUCAGCUUAUAUGUAGAGAAAACGACUUAUCUUUCAUAUGAGCCCGCGAGAUGGUCAUGUGAUUACUGUCAGCGGAUGUCUGAUUUUGACAGCUGCCAAUUCAUCCUCAUACGGAUGGCUUACAAAGUGUCAAUUUCUCCAAGAUGUGACAGUUGACAUCAGCUUACAUGAAGUGUGUGUACGGGUGGGCGUACUCUACGUCAUAACCAAAUUUUCUCGGAUGGAUGGUUUACCAAAUUUUCUUACCCAUGGUGCUCCGCAAGCGCGCGCUUCGCGCGCGCGAGAGCUCCGCUAUCAAUGGGACUGUUGCAGUUUUUUCCCUCUGGUGUUUAAAAGUAUUGAUCCUUUGAAUGUUUUUGUUUUCGAAAACAUUGUCAAUUAGUUCUCACCACCAAGAAAAACAGUGAGAAAACGUAGGGCAGUCAUUUGUCAACAAGCAUACUUCUUUAGAUGCAAGGGUAAAUUAAAACAAACAUAAUUCCUAUCUAUUUCUGUCUGUGCGUGUUUGAGCGCUAUACUCGCCUUUCCGGUUUCACUUUCUCAGCAUUUUUCCUGUUUCCUGCACUUUUUUCUCUUGCGAACGCUUAUAAUUUAAAUUAAAAUUUAUUUUGAAAAAUACUAGUCUACUGCUAUUGUUUUAUCAUUACUUUUUAUAAAUUUGUAAUUCAUAUAAACAUUUUGAAACUCAUCGUACAAUUAUAAUACAAUCACACCCAUGAAAAAUCUGAUGAUAUAAAGGUUUAAGAUAGAAAACAAAAACGAAAGGUAACCAAAGAUUCACAGAUUUUAGUAUUUCUGGUGUAUAGUGUAAAUAAAAGAUUUUAAGAGAUUAAAGCUAGCUGUACCUCACUGGAAAAUUGCAUACGGGGGCCAUGUGGCAGGAUAGCUUAAAUAAUAAUUUGCAAUCAUCCCUAGGUAGGUUAAAUUUGGGAUCUAGAUUAGCAAAGAGCAAGUCAAGUGAAAAGAAGACAAACAAAGGAAAAGCCAACAAAAAGGGAGAUGAUCAAAAGCGAUACAACUGAUGCUAAAAGAUAUUGAAUGGCGUGAUCACUUACGCACAAAAAGAAAAGGGAAUUGCAAGUCAACCUUCCUCUGAAGAAAAAUACAAAAUACAAAUCUCUCCAAAAGAGGAAAUGGAAGUUAACUCACUGUUCCUAAUUAUUAAGGAGCAGAGCAUUUCCUCACCAAGAGAAAAAAAAUGAAUAUAAUAUUUGUUGUACAUCAGGCCAAAAUUUACCUUAGUUCAGGUUUAUUUUCCUUUUACCAGGGAAUGGUAAGGAUUAUGAAAAUGAGUUUUUGUAAAAGAAACAUAUACUUUGAAAUCAGUGCCACUUUGCCUACUUCACAAAAAAGCUUCAGGUUCUGAGAUAAAAACUAUGUGGUCUUUUGACUCGAACAAGCAUAUUCUCAACCAGCUACCGAUUGUGGCUUAAUAGAAGGAAAGCUUUCUACAGAGACGGUAGUCCCGCAAUCGAUAUCGUUUAAUGACACCGCAAUCGUAAGAAAUUUCUAUGCUAAGAAAUUUCAUCCUUGAUGUAAAUCAAAGAAACUUUCUGAAGAUUUGCCGCCAACUUGAUGGAAAUUUGAAUAUGAUCACUUUCGAUUAUAGAACCAUGGUCCACCUGUAGUCAAGUAUAUCAUUCUGAUUGCACCUUAACUGCAGACCCAAUGAACCAAAUAUUACUGAUCAUUUUCACUCCUUCUAUGCUGCGCAUCUUGGAACAUAGAAGCUGAGGACUUAAUCAUAACUUUAAAAACUUUGAAAGUGAGAAAGGUGUUUUUUGUUUUAUGAUAAUGAUGGUGAUGAUGAUGAUGAUCAUAAUGAUGACAAUGAUGAGGGGGAUGGUGAUGAUGAGAAUGAAAAUGUUAACAAUAUUAAUAAAAGCAAGAUAAAAGUAAUGUCAUGUUAUACUGUCAUGCUGUAUAUAUAUUUAGUAUAUACUAAACCAGUGGAUAGUGUUUUUCGCGCGCUCUGAUUGGCUACUCAGUCAGUGAAUAUCCUGCACUAUUCACUGAUUCACCUCCACUUCCUCCGAGCGUGCGACGCCAAAACCCGCGUAAGUUGCGAGCAAAAUGCCUUCCCAACUGCUGUCGUAACAAGCAAAGAAAUUUCACAAAUAAUCAUGCAAGCUGUUCCCGAAAUACACGAAGAAGGUGACGAAGUUCGGUUUGGAAGUUUUAACGGGUAAAGCUUUGUCUUUUUGACUUGAAUUUAUGGAUGAAACCCGUAAAAAAGUUUUUUAUUUACAAAUGCAAAUUAAGCUUAAAUCUUGCGUUACUUUAUUUAGUUGACUUGCUCACAAAUAAGCUUAAAACUAAAUUUAAAAAUCUUUUUUAGAGAAUAAUUUUAAAUACAAAGAGACUCUUUUUCAAGAAAUUUCCCCCCAAGAGCUAAACAAAUGCCUUCAAAAGUUUUAUUUAUCGGCAACAAAAGGCGACGGCCGCGGCCGCAUUGCGCGCCAAAAUUGUAAUUGUUGGCAACAGCAAAUGAGUUUACAGUCAAACCAGGCCAAGCGUUCCCGUCGCUAACGGACUAAUAAAUUCAUUAAUGGCAAAUUGUUUCCGUUCGUUGGUUCCGUGGUUUAUUCACGAAAUAAAUAAUGCAAUAUUCAAAUCGAGCCUCGAUUCAAUAAUCGAAUGUUGAUUGGAUUAAGAAACAAAAGCCUUGCCAUAUAUGGACACCACGCUCCUCCCGCGCUCCAGUUGAAAAAUGGCGGGCAGGCGAAACAGUUUGGGACGGAUUUAUGGCUCCCUUGUACGUGGUUUUUCUUGUAAGGAAGUUAAAGUCGCUUGGGCUAGUUGUAGACGGUAUUCCAGCGAGCUUUUGCGGUCUUCAAGGUUUUGCAGCAGUCUGUCAACGGCCUUUUCACCGCCUUCACAAAUGGAAACAGUCGCUCUGCUUGUUUCUGUCAAUGGUGUGCAUAACUGCUCAGCAUGACUACGGUUUUCUGGUGUGCAAGCAGCUUUCCAAAAUCAUGACUUUUAUUUUAUCUCGGUUUUUCAGGUCUUUUAUUUCGACUUCCACAAACUCUCCCAAAUCCUUAUCAUAACGCUGCAACGAAACAGUGCCCUGUACAUGUAUGCCAAAUGUAUUUUCCACUAAGUCUCUCUUGGUCGAUCUUUCAGUGACUUCCGUCAUUUUCCUGACUUCGUUCAAUUUAACCAAGACAACGAUUUUGUCCUGAAAAGUCAAAGUUCACGGUUAUUCUUAGUGCCUUUUACAGACUGCAAGAGGAAAUGAUGAAAUACACAAAGGUUGCAUGCAUGCUUGAUCGAUCAAGUGGUACACUUUCGCAAAUAUUCACAACUGUUGUCAAAUCGAAACUGCAAAUAGGAAUCAGAGGAAUCGUAUGGAACAACGCCUGUAGAAAAAGUAAACAACAUUUUAUACUAAUGGCGUGUUGAACUUUAGAAUAACUUACCUGCUCUAUCACACUUAACUCCGGAGAUAUAAAUAACUCCGCCAUGUUCAGGUCACGCUUUUCCUAGCACUCCAUAUAUGGCAAGGCUUUUGUUUAUUAGUUCAAUCAACAUUCGAUUAUUGAAUCGAGGCUCUAUUUGAAUAUUACAUUAUUAAUUUCGUGAAUAAACUACCGAACCAACGAACGGAAACAAUUUGCCAUUAAUGAAUUUAUUAGUCCUUUAGCGACGGGAACGCUUGGCCUGGUUCGACUGUAAAAUAAUCCUUUUUGUGCUCAAUUAUCUCACUCGUUACUUGAUUAGUUUCGACCGGUAAUAGUGUUCUAAUAGAUUAAUUACAUUCCUGUGGGCGUAAAGUGGAAUGACCUCUAUAACUUGCGUUCUAAAACGUUAUUUAUAUACUAAAUACUUUAUAAAGGUAUAUUCGGCUCUGAGUUCUAGCCCAUUCUCUUAUUAAGACCGUUCGGUUGCAAUGUGUUCAGCCGACUUUGCCAAAAUGUUUCUCUAGCUUGGAGAAUUUCUUUUUUCCGUUCAAUUGUCAUGUUACUCCGUUUGAUUUGUUCAAUUGCCAAAGUCAUGAGAUCUGCCGUUGUGGGUAUCCCUUGGUUUCUGAAAAAUGUCUGUGCUGAUGUUACCUUCUACAUCUUUUAUUACUUUUGUAUCCAAGAAAUUCACGGACUUGUAAGAUAUUUCAUGGGUGGAUCUAAUGGAUGGUACAACACUGUUGAGGUACUUUAUAAAGGUAGUGAGAGAACUUUCGUCUCCUUUCCAGAUGAAAAAAAUGUCGUCGAUGAACCUUACCCAGUCAAUUAUCUAGUGGGACCAUUCCGUUCGGAAUACAAAUGUAUCUUCAAACCGGCCCAUAUACACGUUCGCAAAAUUAGGUUCAGCCCUAGUGCCCAUUGCUGUACCCUUAACCUGGAUGAAAUUGUAGUUGUCAAAUGUGAAAUUGUUCAAUUUGAGGACUUUUUCGAGGAGGCAAGUAAGGGUUUUUGCGGAAGGUUGGAUCUGGCCAGUUUUUGCCAGUUCCUCCUCAACUAUAGCAAGUCCAUCGUCUGUGUCUAUAUUAGUGUAUAAACUGGAAACGUCUAAUGUCGCGAGAAUACUGUUCUCAGGAACUCUACCCAAGUUUUUCAGUCGUAUGAUGAAAUCUGUAGUAUCUCUGAUUUGAGAAGGUAGUGCUUGUGCUAAGGGUCUUAGAAACUCAUCCACAUAUGCAGAUAGUUUCUCAGUAUGGCUGUUAACGGAAGAGAUAACAGGUCGUCCCGAAUUAUUGGGUUUGUGGAUUUUGGGAAGCAUGUAAAAAAUUGGUGUUCUUGAGUUUGCUGGUCUUAAAAGCUGGCCCGUAUCCAUAUCUAAGUCACCAUUAUUUAUCAGUCGCUGAUACAUUGGUUAAUCGAUUGUUCGUGUUGUGAAGUCAGGUCUUCUUCUACUCUCUUGUAAUACUCCUCAUUGUUUAAUUGCCGCAUGGCUUUCGUAAUGUAAUUCCCUGUGUUGAGAAUUACUGUGGGUCCACCCUUAUCCGCCAGUUUUAAUAUUAUAUCCUUAUUGUUACUUAGUCUAUAUAUAAACCAGUAGGUGAACUACUCAAAUCCUGAGUGCAUGGGUGUUUAAUGCAAAUCUGUUUCGUAGGCUACCGAAAAGGUGACCCACUCGUCAGUGAAAUUCCAUUUUAACACUGACGCGUUAGGGUCUACAUGAACAAUAUGAUCGCGUGAUAUAUAUCUAUUCAAAUCCACCAAUUAGGAGCAGCUAUGCUCUCAAUCUGGAAAAAAUGUGUAAUUAUAAUCUGUACUUCCCAAAAUAUUGAAACACUGCAUUGCGCAGUCAGCAUCCUAAUGAGCCCCCACUAUGGGGGUCUUGCUUAAAUUCAAUCCAGUUUGACUGAAGUAAACUUUCUAAAAAACAGUUACAGCAAUGCAGUUACUUAUCUUUUUCUUUUGAUACAUCCAUCCUAACCCUGCUUUAACUCAGAAAACUGUAUAAUGUUGAUUAAUGCUAGUUAUUAUGGUGAGGCAAUUUGUCACUUGACUAUUCCAGGGGGAACUCCCUUAUAUAAAACAGAAACAGGUAUGUGCGGCCCUAAAGGGUCUGGUUUUUGUGGUGUUUCAGUCUGAAAACAGGUGUAGACUUUGCCGAUUUUGGUCUAGAAACAGUGGUUUUGAGGGAACUACGGGAGUGGUAAACGUAUUUGUCGUUUCAAUUCCAAAAUAAUUAGAAAGAAAGAGUAUUGUGCAAAUUUGAAAUGGAUUUUAAGAAAUCUUUUUGUUGGCCUUCUAAUCUAAGCAAUGAUUAUGUAAUUUAUACCUUUGUAAACAUGUAUGUUCCAUUUGUGACCAACUCAAGGUCUGGAAAUGGGUAUGGAUUUUGGAGGCCAGGUGUGAAAACAGGUGUGGUAAAUGACAUUUUUUGGUCUGAAAUAGGGUCAGAAUUUGAAGAACUGGGUGGCACACCCCACCAAGAAUUCCCAGGAGUACUCCCUAGGCUGCAUCGUGGUUGCUUAUAAUGAAUAUUUGGUUGUUAUAAUGAAUAUUUUUUAUUUGUUUAUUCUCAGCUAACGAAAUAAUCAACAUGGCUUCUAGCAGACCAUUAUAUGCAUCCACCAAGGAGACAACAAAUUAUGCUCGUCUGUGUCGUCUUCUUGUGGAUGUAGGAUCCCACGCAUUAAGAAACAGGUUUGAUAGUAUUCACCCACCGGCAGGCCUACAUGGAGUUCUUACAAAGCCUCCUGCACACCCAAUACUGCAGUCACUUGGAAGGAAGAGAAUUCUCAAUGCCACUCAAUGGGACAAGCUGUAUCCCUCUUCACCUUCAUCCGUAUCUUCGAAAGAUUUUGAUGUCACACUACUCAUCUUGCUUUUAAGGAAUAUAUGUGGCUUGAUUCCUCCAACCACUGGUUGGGAUAAUCUCCCACCUUCUGCAGAUACGAGUGUUGAAGCCAACAUAGCUAGGUUUAAGUAUUAUAGGAACCAUGUCUAUGGAAAUGCCAGCGAGGCAUCUGUGGAUGAUGCAACAUUUAAUACUUAUUGGCAGGAUAUAAGUAAUGCAUUGGUAGGACUGGGUGCAGAUGCUGCCGCUAUCAAUACACUGAAAACUGAGAGUAUGGAUCCUGUCA